AUAUGAUGAAAUUUGAUGGGGAAGGUCUGGGGGCCGCUAAAAACGCGAAUGGAAAGUGACACUCACGAAGGACGGUACUGAAAUCAAACCAACUGCUCCACGGGAUUGUCUACACACAGACGACAUCAUGGUCGAGAGCGAAUUAUGCAAGGCAGUCAUUAAUGUAAAACAGGCGCCAUAAACGGAGCCACUACGACGGGGGAGGUCACGUCAGCCGAGAGCGACCGAAUGUCUUGGUCACAUUUUUUUCAACGUUUGGGUCGCAAGCAGGUCUUGAGAGGACCACAUGCGUGGCACCCACCGAAAAGUAACAUAAAGCCCCAUGGCUCAGGCUGAAUCUACCAACAAAUUCAAAACAGUAAUCACUGUGAGUGGAUAAUCAGAAAAUCCAGAAGUGUCCUCUUUGGUAUGAAAAGCAAUUUAACGCUUUUUAUUCGACUUGCACACGGCACCUCGUGCACACGAAGGCUGUUUUAAUGUUUGAUUGAUACGCUGAGGAUUGGAUGAAGGCCUAAGCCUCCAUCACUCGGCAUGGAGAACGCAGUCUGCUCAGGCCCGAACAGUUUAAUCUAACUUGAAGUAACUUCCAAUUCGCUCUUCAUAAUUGAACGGCUGGAAGCUUCGCCAGCGUUUCUCCUUUCAGUAUCGAGUUAAGUGGUCAGCCGACGACCUGUCCUCUGCAAGGCUGACGGGCAUCUAUCGACACUACGCAAGCUGAUACGCAAUUUCUGCUUCCAGGAAAUGUUUUCAUCCUCUCCUGCUUGCUCUGAGGGAGGAAAGUACAAGAUGUAAUCAUGUUUUCUCGUCGAUGUCUCCGCACAGUGCGAUAAGAGCGGUACAAAUCUUAUGUUCACUAGCGAGUUGAACCAUUCUAGCGCAGACGUCGAAAACGGCUCGAUCUUGGAUACUUGUGGAUUGGAGGGAAACUGGAGACUGUAUCGGAAAAUAUCCAUGGCAACACCCAGAAUUCACAUCAUCCCUUCGGAUGAUAGCCAGGAAUAUGCCAGAAAUAAUCCUGCUGGACAAAAUAUCGACCGUACAAUUCUUCAAAAACGGGACCAGCGUGCGUUCUCCUCUGGAAGCAGCGGCGACGACGAUGCGUCUAUGUGUACCCUGUCUCCCAGAGCUGAUGACGUCAUAGAUGACGUCAUUUCUAGCCCAAAUCCAGACGGACUGAGCCCAAGGAGGUACCAGGGAUACAGUUACUCUUCUGAUGAGCGGUCCACUUCCCAGUUCAGUUUUUCACCCUCGAAGCCCAGGCGACAUUCCGACUCGCAGGCCCUUGGUGCCGAUCCUGCGUUCAAAGAGGCUAUCUUAUCUUUGAGAGACUCCACGGAGGGAUGCUGUGAGGACGAAGGAUACUCAACUAGGGAAGCAGGUGAAUUGACGGUAAACAAAGGAGGAGGCAAUGCAAGAAGAUGGAGUACUCCGUAUUCUCAAGUUUACAGCGUGCAAGAGGAGUCUCCUGACCUGACAAAGGUGAAAAGCGCCCCCAUCAGUCCAGUGGGCAGGAUGGUAACGCGCAACUUCUUCGAGAACAAACUUGGUCUUGCCGACGACCUCAAGUUCAUAUCCCGCAUGCCGGAGCUAUGUGAUGUGACGUUCCUUGUUGGGGAUAGGCGGGAGCCAGUCUGCGCAGUCAGGGCCAUUUUGGCGGCAAGAAGCAGGGUCUUCCACAAGCUUCUUUACUCCGGUACCGUCACGCCAUCCAGCAGUCCACGCCGACGCGCAAACAGCAUGGAGAGUCGUUUCGCUCGCAAGACCGUCUCUUUCCUCACGCGCUCCAAGAGUAAUGGCGACCCAGAUGGCAGCAACAGCGCCUCCAAGUGUCCGCGGACGGUGCUGAUCGAGGAGUUCGAACCAGCCGUGUUUCUGAAGUUGGUCGAUUACUGCCACACGGGUUGCGUGGUGCUGAAUGCAGAGACGGCCUUGGGUUUGAUGAAUGCUGCCGAUUAUUACGGCUUGGAUGAGCUACGGCGAACAUGUGUGGAGUACAUGCACGGCUGUCUUGAUCUAAGCACCGUGUGCCUGCUGCUUGCCUCUGCCGAGAAAUACAUCCAGUACAAGGCCACCAAGACUCUGGUUCAAAGGGCUCUGGAAUUUGUGGACGAACACGGUGAAGAUGUUCUUGGUUUUCCAGCCUUCCUGAAACUCCCCCAGCACGUGGUCCGGCUUGUCCUGUCGAGAGAUGAACUGCAGGCGGACGAGCUUACCAAAUUCCGCGCCGCUCUCGCCUGGAGCACCUUGCACUUUCGCAACACCCCCGGUACCUCCAUCAAAGGCGCCAUGUCGCCCUUCAUAGACACGAUAGCGUUCCAUCUUAUCCCAGCCUCAGAUCUCAUGCAGGAGGUGAGAGACUCUGGAGUGGUGCCGGACCACAAGAUCAUGACCGCUCUGGCCUUUCAGGCCGACCCAGGCAGCGUGGAUGCUCGGUCGCUCUCCGCGACGCCCAACCGCGUGCGGCUCUCCAUGCUGAGUCUCUCCCUUGACGAUCGCUCAUCAACAGCAGGAGAUACACAGAGCGCCGCCGAAACGGAACGAACAGAACUAUCAGAUGACGAGGCUCCAGAAUACAAUCGGAGCAACAGUGGAUCACUAGCUAUGUCGCCGGAGUUUCGGCGACUCAGUACUGUUGACUCAGAUGAUGGCCAGAGCGGGAAUCGAACCGAUCAGAUGUUGGAAACAGGGUUGGAAGACGCUGGGAUAAUCCACUCCCAUCACUGUGACAAUGACCCACACGCGAUAUGCGAAAAUGUUCCAGAUAAUCACAGCUAUCACUUCAAAUCAAAUCUCGAGCGCCCUCACUCAGCCGACGAACUUUCUACCGCAAACUCGCUGAGCAAUUUCGAUUCUCUGUCAAUGUCAACGAGUUCCGACGUCACUGAUAGUAGCAGUGCUGGUGGGAGCUUUGGAAGGGCAGACCAGAAAAGUUCAGUUCACUCCAUGGGGACUAAAUCACCAAUCCCUGGCACUCCUUUCUGAACACAUAUCUGUUUCCUUGCCCUUUCACAGCUGCACUUACAAGAAGCCCCUACAAAGACUACACAAUGUACUUUGUUACCACUAAGCGAAUCAACGGACCUAAUGCAGAAUUCCCUCUCUGAAGUGGCAAGUAGGGGAAAUAUUUGGGUAAACACUGGAACGAGUUAGGCCUAGUAUCCAGCGAGGAGUGGACCCCUCUGGUUUGUAGUCAUUCUAAUGAAAAUUGGUCGUGCCUACUCUGCAUCGUCGGUGUACAAACUAGUGCGUGCCCGUUAAGUGAGCUUACGUGAACUGCCAAAUACCUUUUUUUUCUGCACGGCAUCCAUAGUGCAGACUCUAAGAAUUGCACGCAGGAGGCUCACGCAUUUUAUCCAGUCCUUGGUUGUAAAAUAAAUGUGAAUAUCGCUUGAGACUAAAAACGUGUAGCGUGACUAUAGGCAACAAUAUCUGAACUGUGUUUAUCAGUUACCACAAUAGUCGUGUUCAAAAUAAUAAUAAUAAUAAAUACUGUUAUUACUGGAUAUACUGUAUCUGUCAUUUUACUCUCAGGCACAAAUAUAAAGAGACACCAAACUCAAACAACUGGCAUGGAAGUCAAUGUACAAGUUUACUGUUACACCUGUACGCAGAUUCACUUCAUCCAAAAUAGCUCAAAACUUCAUAAUUCAAGAUACCAUGCGACACUUUACUGUGUGCUUUGUUAAUUGUCGGAAACUCUAGAUGUCGAUGUCAGUUUUACUAAUCGUCACAGGGAUAGGUUAUGCUACCUACGUGCUGUUAUUUUGGUACUUAUGCCAAUGGCUGUUUAUGAUGCUGUACUUUUCAUGUUCAUGUAAAGAGUAUAUGAACUUCGUUAGCGUACGUAUUCCAAUUAGCGAAGGUUGCUCACUCUGUUCAUUCAAUACUGAAUGUUUUCUGUACUAAAAGGGAGGACGUGUUAGGCUAACUUGCCAGUGUUUUAUUACUUAUAGCAUUUCCUGUUGUUGAAGUCAACAUAAAAUGUACAUGUCGUAAGUUUACGUGUUACCACUUUUGUAUGUGUCAUAAAAAAGUAAUUAGAUCAGUUUUUAGAUAAAACGGUUGGACAGUUUAUGCUGGCUGGGAACAGUACACUGCCACUGGAAAUUGUCAAAGGAAAAGGCUUCUAAAUUGUCGAUUGUGCAUUUUGCCAAAUGACUACAGGCCGUUUUGUAGCAUACUACCCAUCCUCACAAAUUAGCGUCAACGCGGGGCUUAAGGUCUAUGGUGAUUUGCAUAUUUCAGGCCGACGUUUUGAAGGUGCUACACCGAGCCCAAUGAGCAAAUGGAAAACAAAGAGGCUGUACGUACGUUGGAGUUACUGCUUUGGUGUGUAAAAACUAAUGAGAAUGGCAUCGACGACCAACUACCUUACUCCGUGCCUGGGGAGUAAAAACAAAAUGGAAGCACUUAAGCAUAUGUCCAUUUUGUUUGAGAACAAGACUGCUAGGGUAAAGAUUUACUGGUGAGGAACUAGGUUCAGCACCACGCUUUUAUUUCAACUGAAAGAUUGUUUGAACGAAAAUAAAAUGUACAUAAAUGUAU